CUCUCACACACACUCUCCAGAGACACAUCCCACAGCUGCAAGUGUGUGCUUACCUGCACAGGUGUGUUUGUGUGUGCGCAUUUAUCCUUUCACACACACGCACACACUCAGUGUGGAUACACACCGGAAUUCCAGACGUGUUCUGCCCUUCCAGACGUGUGAAGAUCUCGCCGUACACACACACACACACACACACACACACACACACACAGAGAAAGUUAUGAAGGACAGAUCUGUGUGUAUCCCUGCUGCCGUCUCCACCGUCACUCUGGUGUGUGAUGAUGUGAGGACGGAUGAAGACGUCUGGGACAUGGUUGAUAUAGAGGAUACAGGGGUCACAUGGGCAGAGCUGGACAGUAAAGGGAAGGUGUUGCGGGUCUUUGUGUCAGUGGGGAAGUUGGUUCUGCUCUUGGGUUUGCUCUACACAUUCGUCUGCUCUCUGGACCUCCUCAGCUCUGCGUUUCAGCUUGUUGGAGGUAAGGCAGCUGGAGAUAUCUUCCAGGAGAACCAGGUGUUGUCGAACCCGCUGGCUGGCCUGGUGAUCGGCGUCCUCGUCACUCUGCUCGUCCAGAGCUCCAGCACCUCCUCGUCCAUCGUGGUCAGCAUGGUGUCCUCUGGACUGCUGCAGGUCUCCACGGCCGUCCCGAUCAUCAUGGGCACCAAUAUCGGGACGUCGGUGACCAACACGGUGGUGGCCAUGACGCAGGCUGGAGACAGGAACAAGUUCCGCAGAGCGUUUGCCGGUGCGACGGUGCACGAUUUCUUUAACUGGCUGUCGGUAUUGGUGCUGCUGCCGCUCGAGGUGGCCAGCGGUUACCUGUACCGCCUCACCGAGCUCAUCGUCUCGUCCUUCCACAUCGAGAGCGGCGAGAACGCCCCCGCGCUGCUCAACGUCCUUACCGACCCGCUCACACACUCCAUCAUCGAGCUGGACGAGUCGGUCAUCAGCGGAAUUGCCACCGGAGACCCAGAUGCCAGGAAUAAGAGUCUCAUCAAGACAUGGUGUCAAACAUCUACAAACACGUCUCUGCAGAACGUGACUAUAGUGAACUGCACCGGUGCCCCCUGCUGGAAGUGGAGGAACGUCUCCGAAACCAUCAACAUUCAGAAAUGUGGUCAUAUUUUCGUGAGCACGACACUGCCCGACCUGGCAGUGGGACUGAUCCUGCUCGCUGCGUCUCUCCUGGUGCUCUGUAUCUGCCUCAUCCUCAUCGUCAAACUGCUCAACUCCAUGCUGAGGGGUCAGGUGGCCUCCGUCAUCAAGAAGGUCAUCAACACAGAUUUUCCGUUUCCGUUCAGUUGGGUGACUGGUUACCUCGCCAUCAUGGUGGGAGCAGGAAUGACCUUCAUCGUACAGAGCAGCUCGGUUUUCACCUCCGCCAUCACGCCCCUCGUAGGGCUCGGGGUGAUUAGCAUUGAAAGAGCGUACCCGCUUUGUCUGGGUUCCAACAUCGGCACCACAUCUACAGCCAUACUAGCGGCUUUGGCUAGUCCAGGAGAAACACUGACUAACUCGCUACAGAUCGCUCUAGUCCAUCUGUUCUUCAACAUCUCAGGCAUCCUACUGUGGUACGUACUGCCGUUCAUGCGCGUCCCCAUCCCCAUAGCCAAGUCUCUGGGUCAUGUGACCGCGCAGUAUCGCUGGUUCGCAGUGUUCUACGUGCUGCUCUGCUUCUUCUUCAUCCCUCUGCUAGUGUUCGGUCUGUCUCUGGCCGGCCUUCCCGCUCUCCUCGCCGUCCUCGUCCCAGUGUUGCUCCUCAUCAUCACUGUCCUCGCCAUCAACUUCCUGCAGUCGCGCUUUCCAGAGAGACUUCCUUCCUGUCUGCGCUCAUGGGACUUCCUGCCUCUGUGGGCUCGAUCUCUCGAACCCUGGGACCGAAUAAUCACGGCCAUGAUCGCACGCUGCUGCUGCUGCUGCAAAUGCUGCCAGGUUGCCAGGGGUGACAAGGAGGCGGAGCCAAUUGGAAGGAAGAAUUAUGGGAUGGAGAUACACGAUAACCCAGUUCUGGCCAAUGAGAGUGAAGAAAAUGUCAAAGGCCCGCCCAGUUCAGUUAUUUUUAAUGCGACGGCGUUAUAGAAUCAGUUAUUAAUGUACUAUUAGUCAUUUAUAACACAUGUAUUAUAUAGUUAUUACACCACAAUUAUAGCAUUAUAGACUUAUCUUGUUAUUAUAACAUAUCGAGCUUGACUGGAUCAAGGACCAAGAGCAAAAAUGUAAUUUCUGAAUGCUAUUUAUAUUUUAUAUGCCUAUAGUUGACCAAUUCUCCAAAAAUAUAUAUUAUUUUGGAAAUGGAAAGCUACUACAGUAUGUUUUAUAGUUAUGCAGGAUUAUUUAUGUUGAAAUCCGAUGUUUAAUAACAUCUUCAGUCCUGAGUUGUAGAAAUCUCUGAAUAAAUCGGCUAAGUAUUAAACCGUUCUGCAUAUCGAAUAUUUGCACUGCUGUUUAUUAGUUUUAUUGUUUACCUGGGCAAUACACGUGUAUUAACAUAGCUAUAGGUGAUGUUUAUGGUGUUUAUGGUCUGCGGUCCUUGUGAAAACACGUGAGGAAAU